AUGUCCGACCAACAAAAGAAGCCUAGAAUCAGAACCCCAAAGGCCUGCAACCACUGUCGUCAACGCAAAGUCAAAUGUGAUGGUAACUUACUACAAUGUUCCAAUUGCAUCCGGUACCAGAUCCCAUGUCAAUACAGCCCUGACACCCCAGGGACUCGGGAGAUCAAAAAACCUAGAAAAAAGAGAGCUUACAAGUCCAAGCACUCCUGUGACAACAGGAUGGCACCAAAGAAACUAGAGGCAAACCAACCCUCAUUGGAUAUUGAGGCCCGUUUAUUGAAGCUCGAACAAAAUGUGGCAAAACUAUAUAAGAAACUUGACGAGUUUAUUGAAUCAAGUACAAAAAAGCCUAGAGGAUAUAGUGUUUCUCCUACUUCCUCGAACUCAUCAAUAUCAAUGGACCAUUCGCCCACCAAGGUACCAUUUACCAGAGAAGAGUCGAUACUGAUGGACAAGAUGUUUGAGAAUGAUAGUAAUGAAGCAUUGUUGCCUUCUCCUCCAAGUUCAGUUUCUGCAAACUAUGAAAAUUACAACGAUGAUAACUACGGUAACAAAAUGUCAAUACAUAUGGGGUCCAAUAAAGAGACUUUCGAUUCACUACAUUCAACUCUCCAAAAUAACAACAUACCGGAGUUUUCCAAGUCAUUUGCUAGUCAAUUACAACAACUGAUGCUCCAACAGCAACAAUUGACCGGCGAUCUCACACGGUUACUAAAUGGUGAUGACCCAAGUCUUAAUUUUACAAUGAUGGACGAUGAUGAAACUUACAUUACCCCAGGGUUUUGA